CGACACUCAACUUCAAAACAGUCUUUUUAGUAUCAGUCUCUGUGUGUGUAAAGUUUAGAUCGGACCACAAAAGAACAUGGCAAUGGAAUCUGGGAAGAAGGUGAUGGUGGCCAUCGACGAGAAUGAGUCCAGCUACCACGCUUUCAUUUGGGUUCUCGAGAAUCUCAAAGAAUCGAUCAACAAUUCCAACAAUCCGCUAACUAUAUUCAUGGCACAGCCCUCUCCAACCAGCAAUCACGUCUUCUCUGCAGCUCUCGGCUCCGCUCGCAUGUACUGCCAAGUCUCAGCCACUCCGGAGUUUGUCAACUCUGUGCGAGAACAGAAUAAGAGGCUUUCAUUGGGUCUCUUGGAGAAAGCGAAGGCAAUCUGUACCAGCCGUGGGGUAAAUGCAGAAACGAUUACAGAGAUUGGAGAUCCUAAGCAGGCCAUAUGUAAUGCAGUCCAAAAGUAUAAUAUAAGCCUUCUAGUUUUAGGUGAUCAUGACAUCGGAAAAAUCAGGAGGGCUCUUCUUGGGAGUGUGAGCAACUAUUGUGUUCAUAAUGCCUCGUGCUCGGUUCUUGUUGUGAAGAAACCAGAAUGAAAGUAUAAUUUCAUAACUAAUUUCAAUAUAUUUGGUAGUGAUCUGUGUGUGUAUGUUUAGAUCUUGUUCUACGUACAUUGUUGAAAUUGUAAAUUAUCCAGGUGAAAAAAAAAAAUUAUGGAUGCACUGAUAAACACAUGCAUUGUAAUUCAACAUAAUUGUUGACACUUCUAUGUUCUGUGAAAUGAAAUGGGGUUGUAUUUGACUAA